UACACCUUCUGUUUCCGCCGUCCUCUGAACUCAUUCAGCGAAGAUGGCGAGCGGAGGAGCCUCGGUGGCUUCGCUGUGGACCGAAGUGAACCGCUGCGGACACAGUGGCGACUACACACGAGCCCUGAAAGCUCUGACUAAAAUCUUGCACGAGAACAGGGAUGAUGUGACGGCCCUUCACUGUAAACUGGUUUGCCUUAUUCAGAAUGGCAGCUUCAAAGAGGCGCUCAAUGUCAUGAACACUCAUUCAAAAGUGCUCGGCAGUGACGUUGUGUUUGAAAAGGCGUACUGUGAAUACCGGCUGAACAGAGUAGAAAGUGCCCUGAAGACCAUUGAAGGUGCUCCUGAGCAAACAGACAAGCUGAAGGAGCUCUACGGUCAAGUGUUGUACAGACUGGAGCGCUACGAUGACUGCAAGUCCGUCUACACCGAUCUGAUCAGGAACUCGCAGGAUGAGUAUGAAGAGGAGAGGAAGACCAACAUGGCUGCUGUGGUGGCGUCUAUGAGUCAGUGGGAGGAAGCUCCGUUGGAAGAUCUAGGUCUUCCCGAGUCCACGUAUGAGCUGUGUUACAAUGCUGCCUGCUCUCUGAUUGGCCAAGGACAGUUCACAGAGGCCCUCAAUAAACUCAGACAAGCAGAGGAGCUUUGCAGAGUCUCGUUGGCAGACGAUUCUGAUGUGACCGAGGAAGACAUCGACUCAGAGCUCGCCGUCAUCCAUUCUCAGAUGGCGUAUGUCAUGCAGCUACAAGGUCGGACAGAUGAAGCACUGCAGCUCUACAACCAGGUCAUCAAGCUCAAGCCAUCGGAUGUGGGUCUGCUUGCUGUGACUGCCAACAACAUCAUUACAAUAAACAAGGACCAAAACGUGUUUGACUCAAAGAAAAAAGUGAAGCUAACAAACGCUGAAGGUGUUGAGUACAAGCUGGCGAAGAAGCAGCUGCAGGCCAUUGACCUCAACAAAGCUCUCCUGGCCAUGUACACUAACCAGGCUGACCAGUGCAGGAAACUGUCAUCCAGUCUUCAGUCUCAGAAUCCGGGUCACCCACGGCCAGUCCUCAUCCAGGUUGCUCAGCUGUGCAGGGAGAAGCAGCAUAGCAAGGCCAUAGAGCUGCUCCAGCAAUUCUCAGAUCAACAUCCAGAGAGUGCAUCUGGCAUUAAACUGACAAUGGCACAACUCUAUUUAGUACAAGGUCACGUAACAAAAGCUUGUGAUGUCCUAAGGUCCAUCGAAGAGUUCAAGCACAAAUCAGGAAUGGUCUCAGCUCUGGUAACAAUGUACUCCCAUGAAGAAGACAUCGACGGUGCUAUCGAUGUUUUCAGACAAGCUAUUGAGCACUACCAGUCUGAACAGCCCGGAUCUGCUGCACACUUGGCACUUGUACGAGAAGCUGCCAAUUUCAAAUUGAAGUACGGCCGGAAAAAAGAAGCCAUUAGUGAUCUGGAGCAGCUGUGGAAGCAAAACACCAACGACAUCCACACACUGGCACAACUCAUCUCUGCAUAUUCUCUGGUGGACACAAAUAAAGCCAAAUCCCUCAGCAAACACCUACCGUCUGCGGACAAAAUGGCCUUCAAUGUAGAUGUGGACGAGCUGGAGAACUCCCACGGAGCAACCUACGUCAGGAAAAAAGCCGCCAAGGUCACAGGAGAGAACAUUCUCAAAGAACAAGGCCAAGGUGACAUCAAAAAGAAGAGGAAGAAAAAGAAAGGCAAAUUGCCCAAAAACUGCGACCCAAAAGCGACCCCUGACCCUGAGAGGUGGUUUCCCAUGAGGGAGCGUUCCUACUACAGAGGCAAGAAGAAGGGGAAGAAGAAGGAGCAGAUUGGAAAAGGCACACAGGGAGCUAUGGCGGGAGCCUCAGCCGAGCUGGAUGCCAGUAAGACAGCCAGUAGCCCUCCUACCUCCCCCAGACCAGGGUCUGCAUCGGGCUCAUCCGCAGCCCCCGCCAGCAACAUGGUCCCACCUCGACAGCAGAAACCUGCAGCCUCGGGAGCCACGCGCAAGAAGGCACCACAGAAGAAGAAAAAGGGAGGCAAAGGAGGCUGGUAGUCAGACGGAAACAAGACGUGAGGCAGAGGGGCCAUGUGAGACACUGAUGCCUGUGUGGCUGAGACAUCAGCAAGAAAUCAUAAGCUUUUCUCUUUUUUAUGUCAGUUUUAUUCUGACCAUCGUUCAUUUUAAACACGUGAAGCCAAAAGUUUCCCUUCGCUCUUUGUCGUUAAUUUGUGACGUUUUUGUUAUUUUAAAGUACAGAAAACAGAAUAUUUAAAGAACAGCUCCCCUGAAAUUCACUUUGCAGAUGCUUCCUUGGUGUUUGUUUUUAUUUUGCUUUGACUCGUGACCUUUUGAGGUCAGAUAUUCCCAUUCAGCUUUUUUUUUUAUUCAUGAAAGGCCCAGAGAAUGGAAACGAUAGUAGCAGACUACUUUUGCAAGUUAACUUGAAGUUGAAUUCUGGGAGAACUGUCCUUUUAAUAUUUUUGGGUCAUCCUGUAUACUUUGGCUGUUUGACUCAUGUUUCCUUAAAUUGUCCCUUUUACUUUCAAUCAGCUGCAAAGAUGCAAUGUUAAAGAAUUAUUUAUUUUUCAGUCCCUGUGUUGGUCUAAAUUCAAGCAGAAGAAUUUAAAUUCUUGAAAUAAAUUUUGUCAGAUGCAUGUGUCAGAAAAUAAAGAGACCGAACAGGUGUCCCGUUUUGUUAAGUCUUAAUAAAACUCUUGACAGCAA